AUGCAGUGCGUCGUUCGGUGUCCGCAGGGCGCUGCGAGCUGGCUGACGCCUACGCAGAUCAACCGCGUGCUGGGCGGCUUCCUCAGCCACUCGCCCGCCUCCUCCACCACCACCACCACCGAGGACCCGCCGUCCUCGCCGUCCUCGCCGUCCUCGCCCGAGGACGUGGUGACGGAGGCGGCCGCCCCCGCCGCCCCCGAGAUCCUACGCACGCGGCCCGUGGGCAAGGCCAAAGCGGUUUCCAGCCCCCAAAAUGAUCUCAUUCCCGACCGCCGAACCUACUCCCGCAGCCGCAUCUUCACCACAACCACCUCUAGAACCACCACGCCCCGAGUAACUGCUCGUCCACCCACGAGAGCCUCACCGAGGACAACUACAAGGCCCACCACGACUACCACGACCACCGAACCAACGACCACCACUACUCGAACCACCACGACGAGGGCCACGACGCCUCGCACCCCACGGACCACAACCACCACCACCACCACCACGACCACCACCACUAGCACGACGCCCCGCACGCCCGCGACCACAGCGCGCCCUCAGAGAACAGGAGCGCGCACGGUGGCGCGAGUGGGCGGCCAGCGGACCACCAGCACGGAGUCGCCGGCCACGGCGCAGCCCCAGCGGACCACCGCCGCA